CUGAGGUGCCAUCUUCUGCAAAAGCCCACAGAGAUGACAGUGAAAUGACGGGCGUGGUCAAUGAGUUCUUGAAAAAUCUGGAGGGUCGACUUCGCGAGCAUCUCAAGAGUGCACCGUGGCGGGACACAUGGCAAGCCCCGCAGGGUGCUAGCCCCGAAUACGCUCGAUUCAUCGAAGAACUUGAAAUUCCUCAGGUGGAAGGGUUUCCUGCAUUGCUUCUCCACAAUUUAGGGGAUGGCGUCGUUGACACAAAAAUCAUCUCACAAUUGGGAGAUGGGUUGUCAAAAAUGAUAAUUAACACAUCUGGAAGUGGAAAGACUCGGCUGUUGCUUGAACUCCUAGCCACAAAAUGGGGCUUUUAUUUCACAACUCUUGCUGAUCCUGCGAACCUUCGGCUCGGAUCCACAGACAUUCACGAUGCAAUAUUCAAGUGGAUUCCCAAAAGCAAAGGCUUCUGUGAGCAUCCCAAGGGUGAAUUUGAUAAUAACCAUGUGCAGCUGGAACCCGUAUAUCGCCAAAACCGUGAAAUUGUUACACGUUUCUCACACCAGAUUCUUACCGCGCGUGUCAUUAUUUUCGAAUGGUUCUUAACAACAUACUGUACCGUUUGGCAGGAUAAAGAUAAAGACCCUAACAAGGCCAAGCUACACUGGUUGUCAUUGCAAUUGAAUUCCCGAGGAAUUUUGGAAUGCGAUGUAUUCAAGGAUCUGGCAAAGAUCCUCGAUGAUACUAGCGACAGCUUUAUCAUGAUGGAUUCGAAUAAGAUCCACGAACGCUUACAAGGAUUAUCUAAACGUUUUAAGCUGGAUAGCAGCUUCUUCCUUGUCCUUGACGAGGCACAGAUAGCGGCAGCAUCUUUGGCAAACGCGUUUGAAUCGUAUCGGGGGCUGGAGAAAACUCACCCUAUUCUGAAUCCUCUUAUUAAAUCGUGGCUUGCCGCUACGUCUUUUCCGAUCAUCGUGUCAAGUACUGGCCUGUCACUUAACACUAUCAACGAUACUCUUUCUUCGGCAGUUGGGAAGCCGGCGACCUUUGGAAAGUUUACCAAGAUUGGUGCGUUUGAUAACCAAGAUUCGCAAGAAAAUUAUAUUCGUCGGUAUACGCCUCCCACCUUGCUGGACAGCGAGUCUGGGAAGGAAUUUCUCACUAGAGCAUGGAACUAUGCACGUGGGAGACAUCGCUUUACUGCGUCAUUGUUGACGGAGCUUUUAAGGACAUCGUUUCAGGCACCGCACAGAACACUGGACGGUGUUGUCACUGCCAUCUCGGAUUAUGUCCCUACCGAUGCACAGCACUCUGUAGACAGAGAGGGAGUAGUGGAAGGUGGCAUUAGAGCAAUUGUACCACUAGAUUUCACAAAAAUCAUGUCAAAUCCUGAAGUGCUCAGUGAUGUCAGCCAUGCGCUACAUUCAUGGCUUGUGCUUCGGAUAAGGGUCCCUUUUCCAGACAUGAAGCUCGAGCUCAUAGAACUGGGGUUUGCCCGAUUUGUUAGCGACUCAGAGAGGAGUUACAUUGAUGAGCCACUAGUUUUGCUUGCAGCAGCACGGGCGUUCAGCGACUCCACGUUUGGACUGGUCAGUUGUAUUUGCACACUAUUACUGGAAUUGCAAGAUCGAGGUGAUCAUUUUGAGGAACUCGUCGCGUAUUCCCUUGCUUGUGCGUUUGACGGGAGCAGCUUAUGUGACAUUAUUUCCUUUGGGGAGCAUGUUCCGGAAUGGGCACAGCAAUCUGCUGAACUAGUCUCCGUCAACAUGAACGAAGGUGGAUUAGUAUUUGAUCGCUUCCAUCUACCAAACUAUGAGGGCUCCACAACGAUUAUUGGUGCGAAGCAUAGUACUGUUGAUGCAACGUUGAGAUGGUUCCAGAACACAUCAUCUGUGCUCUGUUUUCCUGACAAACUGAUGGGACCAGACAUUGUUUCAUUCAUCCGCCUUCACUCUGGCCAAGUCCUGGCACUUGUCAUACAAUGCAGAUUUCGCCGCAAAAUGGACAAACAAACUUGGGAGAGUGCAGUUAAGAGCCUUGAUCUUUCACAGCUAUAUGUGCGACAGGGUCUUGGUACAGAAAAUAUUAAUUCUGCUAGGCGCACUGUCAUCGAUUUGUUCAAGCGUUUGGACGUAGGGUCCCAUUUUGCAAAUGAUGAUUGGUUCCAAGACAAGUUACCAGUGUUGCGCGUUAUCGCAUCAUACCCUGGUUCACCUUCAAAAAACAUCGUGAAAAUUCCCCCAUCAUGCGACUCUUAAUAUGGACCACUGUUUGCGGCUGUCACACGCGGAA